AUGCAGCAGCAUCAGCAUCUCAUGCAGCAGAACCCAAUGAUGGCCUUCAGCACGCACCCAAGCAACGUCACCAGCGAUCUCAUCCAGCAGGUUUAGCGUCGGCUAUUUUUCUCUUCUUCCCUCUCCGUCUACCGGCUGCUCUGUCCCCCCUCGUUCUCUCUCUAUGUGUCUCCCUUUCUCUGGUAUUCUUUUGGGAUGCUAUUAGUUUGCCGUCGAUUCGUUCAUUCUGCUUCUUUAGGUGUGGGUAAUGGUGAUGCUUCCUCUUUCUCAUAUGCCUAGGGAGAAAGAGGGAUGCCUGAUCAUAUUUAUUUUUCUGGAAGUGGGUUUGCUGUUUCACUUGUUUUCCCAUUCUUCUGACAGUUUCUUUGUUUUACUAUUCGUCUGCUGGCUUGGGGGCCUUUUUCUAUCGCUCGUGGGUGAGCUCGUAUCGAGCCUGCCCUCAUCUCUUUCUGCCAAUCGUCUCUCGUCUCUUCCUCGACCUUUUCAUUGUUCUUUUCCUUUUGAGCUUGUGACUUUUAACCUUUGAACCUCAUGAACCUUUGACCUUCUAACCCUUAGAGUGCGUGUCGUUGACAGAUUCAUUGAAGUGUUGACUUGUCUCUAGAAUAUCAGAAAUGUGUUCCCACUUUUUACUUAAAAUCUCUAGCGCAUGUAUAUUUUUUUUCAAUAUUUCCUUCGUUCUAUUGUGAUGCUUAUUUUUUCUAUUUAUCUUAAUGUUUCUGAUGUUAUUUGUGCCUGUGGAUCUUCAACGGAAUGCAUGUUGGAUUAAGAUCUCACAUAUGCCAAUAUUCUUGAUCUAAUCAUCUGCGUAAUGGGUCCGACGUUUCCUUUCAUCUAUUUUGUUUUUCAUUUCGCAUUCUUUUAGUAAAGUUCUCUGGGUUGGUGAGAAGGCAUGUGGUUGAGCUCUAGGGGAUGAAGAAGAGGAAAUGAAUGUGCUUGCCCUCAUACCAAGUUUUCGCGUUUCCUUUAUUCUUUUCAUUAUUAUAGUUUGUUUAACAUUUGUCUCAGUACUAUGGGAGAUAUGUAAUGAAAUCUUACAUUGAAGUUAAACUAUAUUGAAUUAGGAAUUCAUGCAUAACAUGUUAAGCAUUUCUAGUUGUUGGUCCGCAGCAGUUGGAUCAUUUCAUGAAAUGAGGGUUCUUAUCUUUCCUUUUAAUCUAGUUUGGGUUAAUGGCUUUGUGAGCAUGAUUAGAGUUGUCAUCAUUGUUGUUGUUAAGGCCUGUAAUAGAAGACACUUUAUCAUCUUGAAUGGACCGUACCUUUAGGAAUUUUUGUGGGUCAAGGUGUGUCUAGAAUACUGUUUUUCCAUUAAAUGAACCACAAAACGAGGCUGGACCAAGCUGUUAAAUCUGGGAGAUCGAAAGGAGUUGACAUGCCAAAAGUAUUGUCAAAUAGUUCCUUUGCUAUCCAUUAAUUACUAUGACUGCUGAAUUGUUCCAAAGCUUCUUAUUUCGAUACUAGUGACAUGACAUGUUUACCUGUUCAUUUCCUUCAUUGGCCAUAAAAUGAAAAAGGUUCUUGAAUAAUUAUGUUGGUGUAAGUUUGUUUGUAAGCCAGCUAAUUUUUUAAUCCCUUCUUGCCAAUGAAUAUAUAUCAAUGUCUAGCCUGAUGUAUUUUGCAUCUAAUCAUAACUUUCCCUUGCAUAUUAUGCGGCCAGUAUUUGGAUGAGAACAAGCAGCUGAUACUUGCAAUUCUUGAGAACCAAAACUCGGGCAAAGUGGAUGAGUGUGCUGCGUAAGUACAUGUUAUCUUAGUUUAUUCAAUGAUGAUGGAAGCGAUUGGCACCAAAGAUAACUGGCUUCCUCUUGAAGCACUGCAAUGCCUCGCAAAUUAUUUAUUUUUCUUCAUGUAUCUGCCUAUGGGCUGGUUGUCUUCUGGUUGAAUGUUAAAAAUAAAAAUAGCUCUCCAAAUCAUGUCGUAUUCAAUCUGAAAGAAAGGUCUUCUCUGGUACUUCUUAAUGGCAAAUGCAUUAUGUUGUAGCUAUCAUUGUAAUUUUAUUUCGUUCAGCAGCACAGCUUAGUUAAGCUGGAGGUUUAUGUUCAUCACGCUAUCAUAAAUAUAACUUAACCCUUACUACUGAACGUGGUGAAUUUUGACACCCAGAAAAGUAUGUUUCACUAAGAUGCCUUCUUUUGACAAAGAUCAACGCUUUGUUCUAUCUUUCCCUUCUCAUUUUCUCAGCAUAUUACUUUUCUGCCGUGAAUCAAGCUCUGUAGGAGUGAUGAUCUAAGCUUGAGCCGAAUUUCUUGUCUCCUCACAAGGCUGAACCAAUUGAGAUCCCGAUUUUCACAAGUCUUAGCAGUUUGACGUUCGUAAUCAUUGCUGAAGUUCCAACUAUACUGCCACAAGGAUCAUGAUGCUUUGUUUAAUCCUUUUUCCUCUCUUUUGUCGGAUUGGUCGGUCUACCUUCUACUCAUUGCAUUCGGUCCAUUGAUCCGCUGUUAAGAAAGACAAAUCGGUACCUAUGUGGCCGGAUGAUGUAUUUUUGGAUAUCUCCUCUGUCUCAGGCAAAUUCUUUGCAUUAUUGACCCAGAAUCGCAAUUAAUGGAGUUCAAUAUAUCAGCCACCACAUCUUCUGGGCCUUAUUUUAGUCAUCCUCCAUCUCAUGACAUUGGGCACUGAGAUUUGUGCGACUUGUUUAUGUGCAUUGAUUGGUCAUUUGGGUUAUCUGAAAAUUAACUGAAGAAGGCGGCUUAGGUUCAUCUCAUUUGUCUUUACGUAUGCUUGGCAUCUAUGUUUCUUGUUGAACAUGUAAUAAUAGAAUGCAUAUUUAGCCUAAGAUCUUGAGGAUAAUCUUACGUGACCAUGAAAAUGUGAGCAAAUUUUUAAUCAGGUUUGACAUUGCAGGAAUCAAGCAAAGCUCCAAAGGAAUCUCAUGUACCUGGCUGCUGUUGCAGAUUCUCAGCCCCAGGCACCAACAAUGUCACAGGUAAAAACACUUAAUUUUCUUCUAAUUUUACGAACUUAUCUGGUCAGAUUCUUGUAAGCCUCCUUUAAUCCGGAAUGCUCCCUUCUCAUUCUCCUGUACUUUUUUAUAAAUAAAGUAGAGUGGGAUAGCCAGGUGUUAGGCAUACUUGUCCAAUCCUUAUCAUCAUUCUUCAUGUUCUUACUAAUUGGCGUCUAUUUCUCCUUCUCUCCGCCAUCGUGGUUCCUUUGUCAUCAUCUUUCAUAUCUUCAUUCAUAAUCAUAGUGGCUCAUAAAGUAGAGCUAAGGCAGACAAGUCAUCAUUCUUAUGAUCACAGAUAUUUUUUAGCUCAAUCAUCGUAUCUCACUCUUUCUUUUUCUUUUUUUAAUCGUAGUCUUGCCUUACUGGUUCAGAUUGUUUGUGCUGUGAUGGGUUUGUCUCGCACUACUCUCAAGUCUUUUAUCAUUUUUUUAGUUCCAUGAAGCCAGAUCAUUCACCAGCUUCGUCUAGAAUUAGAAUGCUCAUGGUCUAUGAAACCCAUCAAAGAGUCAUCAAAGGCAUAGAAAUCCUGGCCUCUCUUGUUGAGUCCUCUUAUUUCCUGAUAGAAUAAAACACAUGGUUGAACUAAUAAUGGUAAGGCACAAUCUGACCCUUAAAUAAGCAUGUGGAAAUAGCUCAGAGAACCCAAGAUUUUGUUUAUUCAUCGGUUUCAGUUUGACAAAUCUUGAGGAUAAUAUAUUAUUAGAUGGUUUAUAGUUAUUUCAUUUAGAAAAUAUUCAAUCUCUUUCCACGUCUGAACAAAGGUGAAUAUGCUCUAUAAUUUACUCAAUAAUUGCCUGAUGUCACAUCGAAUAACAAGUCUAGGAAGAUAGUGUAGGGGCAUUAUUCCUCACUUGAGAACCGUCUCUGCAGCAGUUUCCUUCCAACACAAUGGCGCAGUCAGGUGGCCGCUACAUACAGCCCCAGCAAGCUCAGGUGGCUCUGCAGACAAACCCUGAGUCCCUCAUGGUGGCACGCUCCCCCAUGCAAUAUUCCCAGUCGUCCAUGCCCACAUUCCAGCAGCAGGCCCUCCAUAGCCAGCUGGGGAUGAGCUCCGGCGGCAACAACGGCCUCCACAUGCUCUACGGCGACGCUGGGAUGGUGAGUGGCGGCGGCAGUGGUGGGGCGCUAGGAGGCUUCCCCGACUUCAGCCGCGGCCGAACCGCCGCCAAGCAAGAGAUGCCCGGGUCAGUCGAGGGGCGAGGCGGAAGCUCCGGCGGGCAGAGUGGGGAUGGAACCGAGCCUCUGUACAUGAAAGGCUCUGAAGACAGAGGAAAUUGA